CUGAGAGUGGUUGAGUACCUCGCGGGGCGCGGCAAUAGUAGGUGUACAGGAUUUCCGAGCUGACGUGGCUUAAAUUGGGUAGGGGUGGGGGGCCUGGAGCCUCCGGCGGUAGCCGCUUCCAGGAUGCUGAGCCGAUUGUCAGGAUUAGCAAAUGUUGUUUUGCAUGAAUUAUCAGGAGAUGACACUGAUCAGAAUAUGGAGACUCCCUUAGAUCCUGAAUUACCCCAAGAAUCGGACAUGGAGUUUAGUAGUAGAACUCAAGAAGAUGUUCUGGAGCGCUUAGCUUGUGCAGAACAGUUGGUGGUAGAGCUAAAGGAUAUUAUUAGGCAGAAGGAUAUUCAGCUGCAGCAGAAGGAUGAAACACUACAGGAAGAAAGAAAAGCUGCUGAUAACAAAAUUAGAAAACUAAAACUUCAUGCUAAAGCCAAAUUAACUUCUUUGAAUAAACACAUAGAAGAAAUGAAGGCACAAGGAGGGACCGUUCUACCUAUGGAACAGCAACCAGAGGAGCAACUCACCAAGCAUGACACGAGCUCUACAGAGGAAAAGAUGGAAGAAGUAGAAAAGAUAAAACAUGAUCUCCAGGAGAAGGAGGAACGAAUUAGCAGUUUGCAAGCCCAACUUACCCAGGCACAGGCAGAGCAAGCUGCACAGUUUGAUAAGACUUCUACAGAAAUGAAAGAUUUUGUAAUGAUGAAGCAACAGCUCCAAGAGAAGGAGGAACUCAUUAGCACUUUGCAAGCCCAGCUCAGCCAGACUCAGGCAGAACAGGCUGCACAGUUGAGUUCCAUGCAGCAGGUGGUCCGAGAGAAAGAUGCCCGCUUUGAAACACAGGUUCGUCUUCAUGAAGAUGAGCUUCUUCAGUUAGUAACCCAGGCAGAUGUGGAAACAGAGAUGCAACAGAACUUGAGGGUGCUGCAGAGGAAGCUUGAAGAGCAUGAAGAAGCCUUAUUGGGCCGUACUCAAGUGGUAGACCUGCUGCAAAAAGAGUUGACUGCUGCAGAACAGCGAAACCAGAUUCUCUCUCAGCAGUUAUAAGCAGAUGGAAGCUGAGCAGAAUAUUUUGAGGAACACAAUGGAAACAGAAAGACAGGAGUCCAAAUACUGAUGGAAAAGGAUGGAACUUGAAGUGGCAGAGAGAAAAUUAUCCUUCCCAUAACCUGCAGGAAGAA